UCUAAUAGUUUUCGGGAAAUUUUAGCCAAAUUUUUCUUAGUAGCCAAAAUUCUUUCCUUGACUAAUCUUGACGACGUCUGUCGUAAAAUUCCUUUCGCCUGGAUUGAGGAUGGAACAAGGUUUUUUAAUUGAAAACAUUUUGGUAUUACCUGGUGGUCACGGCAUCGUUUUAAAAAUGUUAGAGGACACAGUUGGACGUGCAAGGACUUCCUAACUUUGAUGAAUAGGUUCACCGACCCUAGAAUCACCUCCCCGUGGAGGUUCUUAAUACUAGUUUUUAGACUUUCGCGGCCAUCGAUAUCAGGGUUUCUUUUGAAUACCGCGUUGUAAUUCAGCUUUGUGCCGACGUUUCGCAAACAUUGCAGCUUGCAUCAUCAAGGCUAGGAGCUCCGAUGAAGAAUGAAAGAGUAUAUAAGGACAACCACAAAUUAGGAAGACUCAGUAUCGAAGCUCUUAGCCUUGAUGAUGCAAGCUGCAAUGUUUGCGAAACGUCGGCACAAAGCUGAAUUACAACGCGGUAUUCAUCCAAAAGAAACCCUGAUAUCGAUGGCCGCGAAAGUCUAAAAACUAGUAUUAAGAACCUCCACGGGGAGGUGAUUCUAGGGUCGGUGAACCUAUUCAUCAAAGUUAGGAAGUCCUUGCACGUCCAACUGUGUCCUCUAACAUUUUUAAAACGAUGCCGUGACCACCAGGUAAUACCAAAAUGUUUUCAAUUAAAAAACCUUGUUCCAUCCUCAAUCCAGGCGAAAGGAAUUUUACGACAGACGUCGUCAAGAUUAGUCAAGGAAAGAAUUUUGGCUACUAAGAAAAAUUUGGCUAAAAUUUCCCGAAAACUAUUAGAAUUACAUCUCUUUCUUGCAGGUACAUUAGAUCCUGAACGAUGGCAGACACUGGACCGAGUGACGUACGAACAAGCUGUUCGCUUCGCUGAAGAAAAAACGCGGGAGCAGAAAGAAAAGUACAACAAAUCAAUCCACAAGCCCAAACACCAGUUCUCGCAGAUAUAGCAAAGAACAUAAGCAAACAAACCCUAUCUCCAUCUGAGAUCACCGUCUUCGCCAAAGGACACGAUUUCACAGUUACACCAUCCAGUAUUCCCAUAGAGGAAAUAAUCAGCCAAGUGGAGACGGCUAUCUACCAUCUUAUUCCGGAAGCUAGCAACGACAUCAGAAAUCGGAUCGGAGAGCCAACAUUCUCCGCAAGGCCAAAGCCCCUGUACAGAACAUAAGACGAGAAGAAAAUCUAGCGUCCAAAAACUUAAAGAAGGACAAGAUCUGAAUCCUACCAGCUGACAAAUAAAACGCCACAGUGGUUAUGUAUAGGGAAGAGUACUGCAACAAAGUGAAUAUUAUGCUCUCAGACCACAAAAUCUACAAGAAACUUAAACGCAACUCAACUUCGAGCGUAGAAAAGAAAACAGCUACUUUGCUCAAAAACUCAAGUCUCCCUGCGCCAAUUAUCAAAUAUUUAACUCCCCGAAAAUCUUCAGCACCCAGAUUGUAUGGUCUUCCUAAGAUUCACAAGGAAUGGGUUCCCCUACGCCCAAUCGUUAGCAAUAUCGGUGGAGCUACCUAUCAACUAGCCCGCUAUCUCACAAAACCCCUCCAGAAGCUCACUGGGCUCAAUGACUCACACAUAAAGAACUCAAUGGAUUUCAUAAAGAAGGUAACAAAGAUGAAGACAGGAACUAAUGACAUCUUAUUCCAAGGGGAAUUCUUCGAACAAACAUCAGGAGCUGCAAUGGGAUCUCCAGUGUCGCCGACCAUUGCCAACAUUUUUAUGGAAUACUUUGAGAAUGAAGUCCAGAAGAACGCACCUCUUAAACCUUCGGUAUGAUUUCGAUAUGUGGAUGAUACGUUUGUCAUUUGGAGUCAUGGCAAGGAAACGCUUCCCCAAUUUCUUGACUUCCUAAAUUCAUUGCAUCCAAAUAUCCAGUUUACAAUGGAGGUGGAACAAAAUAAACAAAUUCCCUUUCUGGACGUACUGGUUCGAAGGAACGAAGAUGGCACACUAAGUCACCGAAUUUACCGAAAACCCACACAUACUGAUCGAUAUCUACACGCAAUCUCUCAUCACCAUCCAGCACAAAAGAAAUCUGUCAUUAGUUUCCUGGUCUAUAGAGCCUUAAAAAUUUCUGAAACAGCUUCCUUAGAUGAAGAAUUAGAACACCUCAAUCGGACCUCAACCAACAACGGAUACGAGAGUAAAGACAUCAAUCGAGUAACCUAUAAACUUAAGAACAAAAUUUCGGAUCCGAACAACACCCAAGAGCCAAAGGAAGAAAGAGUAAAAACUGAGUCACCAGAGGAAGAAAGAGAAAAGGACAAGACGGUUGUCCUCCCACAUCUUCGAGGUAUAAUAGAACGUAUUGGCAGGAAUCUAAACAAACAUAACAUCAGAGUGAUUUUCAAGACACCAAUAAAGAUCUCACAAUUACUCCCCAACCGAAAGACGAGAAACCACACUUGGACACCAGGUGUGUAUAAGAUCCCUUGUGCAUGCGGAAAAAUAUAUAUAGGAGAAACCGGGAAGAGGAUUAGUACACGGAUCAAAGAAUGCGAUGUACCAAAUACGGUCACUUUUCUCAAUCUGCCUUGGCUGAACACUGGAUGAAGACUGGAUACACCGUGCAAUUUGACAAAACAACCAUUCUGAUCCCCUCACAAAACUAUUACGCCAGAAAACAUCGAGAAGGGUUGGAAAUUCUGAAACAUCCCAACAAUGUUAACCGAGAUAAGAGUCUUCAGAUGAACUCUAUUCGGCACGCUGUCCUCCCGGUUUUUAAUUUACUAGCUAGCCAAUUAAUAUGAUUUGUCGAAAUAUUUCCUCCACCUCGUUCCCCAUUUCUCUCAACCCCCACUUAGAAGAAUGGAAGAGUAUAUAAGGACAACU